CUCAUAGCAACGCUCAUGAAACAGCUGAGAAUGUUUGGUGUUGAACCAGCUGACUCCUUUUACAAACCGCUAAGCUGCACUGCGCAAGACGAAAAGACAUACCUACACCCAUCACCUGCCUCAUCUCUUACUGCAAAGUCAGUUGACAUCAUCAGGAAAAUGCAGUGCACUCCUGAGUCAAAAGCCUACCAUGACAGCUGCAAAGGCCAGCACUGUUACGACUGUUCUGACAGCGGCUACUCAGGUUUGUUCCACAGUCCGCAGAGCAUUAGUGGAGCGGACUCCUGUAGAUCUUUGUCUUCAGUAGACUUCAAUGAAACACCUAAAGAGAACCUCAGGCUUUCUGUCACACCUAAGGAGAGGACCAGAGAAUCAGUCAGGUAUUUGGGCAAAGACUCUAGGGAGGUACAGUGGCCAUCAGCAGUUAGCUGGUGUGAAACUCCUAAAGGUUACAAGAGAGAUGGCUCACUGCGACACAGACAUCUCAUGUUCAAACCUGCUGUGGAUGUCAAAACUGACAAAACAAGAUCACCAUGCACCAGUAGGCCUGAAUCUUCUGUAAGUGUGAGGUCUGAGCACUGGCUCAGUGUGUCGUUUGACUCUCUUGACACUGUGACGGGGGCUUUGGCAUCAAGCACUUUAAAAUUGGAGCGGGACCUGCAAUUAUCUGGAAGGAAACGUCGUCUCCUCUUCUCUCAGAUGAGGACCUCCACUCUUGAAGAUGGUAAACUCAACUCUGCUCCCCUUUCCAGUUUAGCGAGGCAAGUUUCACUCUCAGAUGCAGAUUUUUGUGCAAGCAUUUCUGCCUCUGAUCAACUUAAUGUUGAGACUCCACGCUUAAGCAAAUUCAAGCCUGCCUCAUCUAAGGAGAACUCUCAGUCACCAGUCAGCGGUGUGACAAAUGACCUAUAUGACAGCUCAAGUGUCUUGUGCACACCGUCAUCCUCACAUACACCCAAAUACAUCAGGUCUGUGUGUGAAGACAGUGGUUUCAGUUCUCUAGCCCUUGAUAAAUCCCAAGACUCCUCGGUGGACCAUGACGGCUCUUUCCAGGAGCUGCUGCUCUCUGCCCCCAGAGGGAACUGUAAAACCCCAAAUCUGGCAGAGGCAAAACGGCGCUCCCUUUUGCAGCGUCAGAACAGGCUUUCUACACUUAAAGAAGGGGGCUCUCAGUCUGAGGAAGACCUGACGGACAGAAAGCAUGAACGUCAACACCACAGCUGUUCUAAAGAAGAUGAGGUUUUUGCUGACAGUGCCACCCCUCGCAGGGUCCUCUCUAUUAAAUGUGGUAAUACCACGACCUCUGAUGGUUUGGCCUCUGCAAAACAAGACUAUGCCACCCCGCUAAGAGCAACUACAGCCAAGCCAGAAAACAUGACACCUUUUAGCACAGCCCCUGCUAAUCCAGAUGCAACUCCUCUCAGGACAACCCCAGUAAAUCUCUCUCUGACACCAGCCCUGCAGCUGGUUCACGCCAUGUGCCAGCAGAAGGCCCAGAUGUUUGUUGGCCAAAGUCCGAGCCUGAAGGAGCAGCUGAAGUCCACAGCAGCACUUGCUGAGACCCCGGUGACGUUCAGGACCACUAUGCCAUUGGCAGGGCUGAUCGGUAGGAAGAUGGGUCUGGGGAAAGUGGACAUACUCACAGAACUGAUGAAGAGGAACCUCAGGCAUAUCCUGGCUGUCAUACUCGGCCACCUGACAGCCGAGUGCAUCUACAGGUGUGGUCAGGUGUGCAAGAGCUGGAAUGAAAUCAUCCAGCAGGACAAGCGAGCAAGCUUUAAGAGAAGAACUCACCUGAGUGAAGUGGAGGCUGCUCUUGAGCUUGGUGGUUCUGUCCAUGUCCCAGAUGCUGAGACCAGACUGACUGUGCUCAAGAGGUCGGCCCUCAAGACUGUUCAGGCCCAGUCCAGGACCUCCAGCUACUGCACCCCGCAGUCAGGAAAUGGCACUUUAACCCCGUUACAGCACAGCGCUUUACAUUCAGGCAGCAGCAGCAAACGCGAAAAGUUUCUAGAAGUUGCCAAAACCCUCUUCAGUGACGAGAGCCUCAAACCUUGCCCUCGAUGUCAGCAUCCUGCAAGGUGUCACUCAGUGAAAGGGGAGGGUGUGUGCAGCAGCGCUGACUGCGGCUUCCAGUUUUGCACAGCCUGCUUGUGUGCUUUUCACGGCUCUAGAGAGUGUGGCAGCAAGUCUGUUGGUCGUCGCAGGAAGGACAUACUUCUUCCAGGAAGCGCUCAAAGCAAGCGAAACGUUAGGAGACUAUGAGCCUAAAGUGGACUGUGUUCCUGUUUGCUAUGCCAAAGUCACUUUUCUAUUUUUGCUGCUGAGUGGUGAAGACUAGGCUUACCAACGAAGAAACUUAUUUGUAGCCAGUACAUGUGAGCAACUUUUGUACUCAUCCAUGUAUCUUCAUGCCUUUAUACCUAUCUAUGUACUGUAUUUUUCCAACUUUUUCGACGCAAUUCUUACUUGUGUGUUUUUAAUUAUGAAUGUGGUGGAAGUCUCACCAGCAGACAACAAUGUAUGAACAUUGCUGCUGAUGUACUUACACAUACACAUUGAUCUGCUGUACAGUAUGUUUUUUUUUUUGUUUUUUUUUGGAAUUCCUGUAUGAGAUCUUCAACUUUUACCAAUGUGUUUUCAGAUCAGUUUUAAAAUAAAUUAGAUUUUUUUUAUAUA